CUUCCUCGUCCCAUCCCCCUCCAUUCUUCUUCUUUUCUCCUGCGGCGGGGCCCCAUCCAACGCCGACGACCGCUAGGUUGGUGGAAACUACCCAAACAGGUAGCUUGACUUGAUGUUGUCCCUGUUGUUGAGACGACGCCGCCCACCACCGCUUGCCGUGCUCGCGUCCACGCCGAGCGCCGUGGUUACGCACAGCGGCAUCGCAGCGCUCGGGAUAUCAUGGACACAGCCAUGGACAGCGUGCAGAGCGUCCUCGUCGUCCGGGUCCUCGCGGUGGAAGCAGCGCCAGGGCCGGGACGCGUACGCCCGCGAGGCCAAGGUCCAGGGGCUCAAGAGCCGCGCUGCGUUUAAGCUGCUCGAGGUACGACGGACAUGAUGGGCCCCUCUCACUCACUCACUCUCUGAGUACGGUACAAUGCGGUCCAGUAGGGUAUCAGUAGCAUCGUGUCUUUUUGUAUUUGGUUGCUAAUCGUCGUGGGACGCGUAGAUGGACGAAAAGUAUAGGCUCUUUCGCCCAGGGCAAACCGUCGUUGAUCUGGCAAGCUCACCCAUCAUCCAUCCCUCUCACCCCCUUUCCAUCCCCACUGUGACUUUAUGUACAGGAUUGCAUCUUGAGUGCUUCUCUAACAGUGACGUGUCACCACCUAGGGCUAUGCACCCGGCAGUUGGUCCCAGGUCGCCAUGGAGCGCACACGUCCGCACGGCCGCGUCGUCGGCAUCGACCUCAUCCCCGCGCAGCCCCCGCGCGGCGUCGCCACCUUCCAGGGCGACUUUCUCUCCCCGCAGGUGCAGGCCCUCGUCCGGGACUUUAUCCUCCGCACGCAUAAGCCUCGUCCCCCCGGCCCCUCUUCUCCUCUUAAGCAGCGGCGCCAGGCAGCAGCCGCUAUGGACGAGAAGCCAUCAUCAUCGUCGUCAGACACCGCCGAUGGGCCAUCAGACACGGCACCUGGCGCUGAUGUUCUCGCCCAGCCGAGCUACAUCGACCAGGAGCGGCACAUGGGCGGGGAGGGGCUGGGGGCAGAAGACGACCCGGGUGCUACGUCAUCGAGGUCAUCAGGCAUGGCGAUUGUAGAUGUUGUUCUAAGUGACAUGCUCAUGAACACGAGCGGCAACACCUUCCGCGACCACGCCGGCAGCAUGGACCUAUGCAACGCGGCGCUGCAGUUUGCGAGCGACACGCUCCGUCCCGGAGGCCAUUUCGUCUGCAAAUUCUACCAGGGCGCCGAGGACAAGAAGCUGGAGAAGCGGCUCAAGGGGCUCUUUGCCAAGGUGCAUAGGGAAAAGCCCGAGUCUUCGAGAAGCGAGAGUAAGGAGUCGUACUUUAUCGCAUUGCGGAGGAAGCAUGGCGUUGUCGUGGAGGAAGAGGACUGAGCGACUAUACCCCGAUACCCCGUCGGACGCGAGUCUGGCUGUACAAUACGGAGCAUGACAUAGAGAGUGAGCACGUCACAAACCUGAUAAAUGCCCAUGACACGCAUAUUCACACACACAUUAUGCGUUGG